AUGAAUAUUAAUAAUUUAAUCGAUGAAGAUAUUGAAGCCGGUCGUCAAAAACAAAUGACAAGAUUGAAAAAUCAGAAAUUACAUGAUAAACAGCAUAAACGAGAAUCAUUCAACAUUGAUAAUUAUACAAAAAUAUCAAAUAACAAUCUGUCUGAUAAACAAAAUAAAAAUGAAGAAACUGUUGCUAUAAACACAACAAAAAGUUUAUUUACAAGUCAAAAUGUUAACUCUACAGCAACAUCAUUCGAUAUUGAUCCUUAUUUAGCUCAAACGUACGACCUAGACGAUACAGCUGAACCGCAAUGCCAAGAGGAAGAGGAAGAUAGUGAUAUAGAUUUUGAUCUUAUUGAUACAUUUGAUACAGCUGAAAAUAAUUCAACAUACGAUAACAGUAAUGAUGAGGAUAAUAACGAGAUUUGUACAACACGUAUAAAUAACGAACCACUACAUUCUUAUACAAUGUUAGGAAUAAAUAAUGUUUGCAUGGAAUUCUUACAAUUAAUACGCGAUUCACAAAUUAGUAAACAUCAAGCGCAACGUUUUUUGUCAUUUAUUAAUAAUAUUUUACCUCAACCGAAUGCAAUGCCCGAUACGAUGGAUGAAUUAUUAACAAUCUUGAAUAUUACAAAUUAUUUUUACAAACGCACUGUUUGUAUAUUGUGUAAAAAACUGCUUAACAACAAAGAAACUAUAUGUGAUAAAUGUCCAACAGCUGAAGCUAAACAUACAGCUCAGAUUUAUGAUACAAAUUUUCCAGCACUAUUAUCAGUAAUUAUAUCAAGAUUAGCGAUAGAAAUUCACCAAUAUAAACAACAAAUCUCAACACUAAAUCCAAAUGAAGUAGAGCAUUAUGACAUCCCAUUUGGACAAAUUUAUCAACAGCUUUUAAAACAACGAAAUAAACAAAAUUUAUUAAGUUUAUUGAUUCACCUUGAUGGUAUCGGUUUAGUUAAAUCUACAAAUUUGAAGAUGUGGUUAUGUAGUGCAGCAAUAAUCGAAUUACCACCCAACAUCCGAUCCAGAAGGCACAAUAUGCCAUUAUUAUCGAUUUAUAUUGGUCACACGGAACCAGAUGUGAAAUUAUGGCUAAGUUCCUGUUUUGAUAUGUUAAAAUUCAUUAAACAAGAUGGUGUUCAUGAUAAACGUUGUCGUAAACGCCAGUACCCAUAUACACAACCAAUAGAUGUUCGUACACGAGAAUCGUUUGUUUCCGAUUCAGCAUUAGCCGAGAAUUAA